GUCCCAUACCUUACCAAACGCCGACUGCCCGACACAUUCAUUCAUAUAGAUGCUUGUAUCCCUGCACACAGCUCCUGAACCGAACGCAAACUGACAGGCUCAACUCGCACGCGGCGUUCCAUUCGCUUUUUGUUUUUCUUCUUCACUCUAGCAUAGAUUCACACAUAAGUCGAGCUUUAUACACAUCAACUCGUCGCAGUUUCUACAGCGUCGAACUUGAGUCGAGCGGAGUCUCCGCCUGAGCGUCUUCAGUGCGGGAUCACAACUCGACUCGUUCCACGCUGCUGUUUUGGUGGCGACUGGUCUCCUGGAGGCGUCAGCUCUCCAAACGCUGGACCCGUCAACCAAUCCAUGGUCGUCAUGGCGCUUACACCUGCUGAGGCACGCGGUAUUCGUCUGGAGGAACGAGCUCCGUCCAUCACAACGCUUAUUGUUGACGCAAUGAAGUCCGCGUCCGCCUCCAGUUCCGGCCCCGUCUGCCCCGCGGAGCUGCCGGCCUCCGCGCCCACCGCUGCCCCAAAGGAAGCUGCCGCGCUGGCGCCAGCUCGCUUUUCGGGUUUUUCCACGGAGGGCCCGGACGGCGUGACACGGCCGCAGCCCUCGCCCUUCGCCUCGGGCGACAGCCAUGAGUCCGACACCGGUUCCCAUAACGCCCCCGACGCCGCGCCGGAGCACCCCACGCCUACGGGCUCAGCGUCCUCGACCCUCGUGUCAGCCCCGCCGCUUGGCUGCCCACUCCUCUCUCCCCAGGACCAGCAGCGGCUGCAGCAACUGCUGCCAGGCGUGCUGCAGAGCCUCCUGCCGUCGCUCCUGCCUGCGCUGCUACCCGGCGCCGUGGCUGCAGCCAUGCCUUCCGCCUCUGCCGCCGCCUCCGCGGCGGCCGUGACCGCAGGCGGCUCCACCGCCGCCUCGGCCACCGCGGUCGCGAUUACCUCCGCCAUUGUGGAGGCGGCCCUCCCGGCGGCCCUGGCGGCGGCUCUGCCGCAGGCACUCUCUGCGGCUUUGUCGGCACUAUUUAAGUCGGCCAGCGGCGAGGAGUCGUCCUCAUCGUCGGCGCCGCAACAGCCCCAACUGACCGCUGGCGAGCGUCAGGCAUCGCUGGACCAGCAGGGCGCCGCGGAGCAGCAGCUGGUGCGCCUGCUGUUCGGUGCUGAGGCCGUCGCUGAGGGCGGCGCCACCGCCCCGGCCCCGGCGGCUUCGCAGCCCGUGGCCGUUCCCAAGCCCAGCGAGCUGGACGUCGGCAGCCCGCACGGCUCCGUCGCCGCCCACUCGCACAACAGCGGCAGCUCCUCGCCCACGGAGCGCUCCUCCGCUGCCGUGGCCGCCGCUGCCGCCGGCAAUAGCAUGUUCUCCCGCCGCCUGUCGGAGACAACCGCCAUUGGCAGCAGCGCCGUCGCCGUCGUGGCGGGCUCCGCCGUUACAGCGCAGCGCGCCAUCGCCCAGCCGCAGCACGCACACCACGCGCAUGGUCCUGUCGCUGGCGGCGGCAGCCGCAGCAGCGUGCACAGCGGCAACCACGCCCAGCACUGGGAGGGCGAGAGCAGCGCGGAGGAUGCGCUCAGCACCUGCAGCGGCGACGCGUUGGUCACGCCGUCGCCCUACGGCGAUGUCUGCUGCGGCAACAGCAGCGCGCCCGGCACCGGCGCCGCCGUCAACAGCAGCGCCAACAGCUUCCUCUUCUCUGGCAGCAGCCAGGCACAGCUGCUGCCCACCGGCCUGUCCGGCUCCAACAUCGACGGCCUGGGCGAGGUCAGCAGCCUCUACUCCAUGAGCGGCCGCGACGACCUGCUGUCUGGCAACGGCAACGGCCCCUCACCGGCGGAGCUGCUGAUGGCCGCGGCCGGCCGCGUCAACGGCGGCAACAACGCCACCAUGGCGCUCCUUGCGCAGCACCAGCACCAGCACCAGCAGGCGGCCGCUGCCGCGGCGGCGCAGCAGCAGCAGCAACAGCAGCAACAGCAGUUCCAGCUGCAGCAGCUGCAGGCGCUGGUGGCUGCGGGCGCUGCCGGGUCGGACCUUGGCGCGCCGGCAUCACCGCCGCUGGGCCUGGCGCCGUGGCGUCGUGAUACGGACACGGUUGCCGACCUGUGGGGCCAGGCUGAUGCCGACUCACUAAGCUUCGCCGCCGCUUCUCUCGCCCUCAACCAGCAGCAACAGCAACAGCAGCAGGCCGCGGGUCUAUUGCAGCAACAGCAGCAGCAGAUGCUGGCGCAGUCGCUUGCGGCGGUCGCGGCAGCGAACGCGGCUGGCCGCCAGCUGCGGGCUGAAGACCUGUUGGCGCUGGGCGGCAACCCCGCCGCCGCGGCGGCGCAGCUGGCAGCGGCUGCCGCCGCAGGCGGCGCCGUCACCAACUCGCCCGACCUGUCGACGUACAUGGACGCGGCGCUGCGGCGCAUGCUGCUGGUGAGCCCGCAGGUGGCGGCGGAGCUGGCGCGCGUGUGCGGCGCCUUCAGCGGCGCGCAGGCGCAGCUGCACCACCUGUGCUGCGUCAUUGCGGAGCAGCUCCUGGACGUGGCGGCGAUGGCGCCCGAGGUGGCGGCGGCGCUGCUGCGCGCGCUGGCGUCGCACCGCGCGCGCGGCGCCCAGGCCACUGACGUGGACCCGCGCGUGAUGGGCCGCAUCCUGCAGCUGCUCAGGGCUGGUCCCGCUGGCCGGCAGUUGUGCCUGGUGUCUCUGGAGCAGUGGGUGGACGGCCUGAGCCGCAUCCACAAGCGCCGCGCCUACCUGGACACCAUCUUGCACAACUACCAGCUCACGCUCAAGCGCCUGGUGCAGGCCAUGGGCCACCAGGUGCACGCCGUUAACAUGUCGCUGCCGCGCCAGCUGCUGAACGACCUGUCGCCGCGCGCGCUGCUGCUGCUCACCGCCGAGCUGGCGCCCUACCCGCUGCUGCAGCCGCGGCGCUGGAGCGAGGAGAUCAUCUGGGCCAUCAGCCAGAUGCACACCAUGGGCGUGGACAUGCCACUGGCACCCGGCACUCCCGCCGCCGCGCCCGCCGUCGCCGGCCAGCAGCCGCCCGUGACCACCUUCCAGUGGGAGAUGCGCCGCGCGCUGUCGGCCACUGCCGAGGACAUUGCCGCUGCGGGCGGCGCCGGUGGCUCGCCGACCGGCGGCAGCUCGCUGGCGGCUCAGCUGUCGGGCCUGGGUCUGGGCGGUGCGGCGGGUGCGGCGGGCGUCGGUGCCAAUGCCACCUGCCCUAAUGGCGCGGUGCCGUGGGCGGCGCACGCGGCGCUGCACCGCCACCUGCUGAUGGGCCUCCGCCGAAUCCAGUCGCGCUUCUUCAGUGAGCGCCUGCGCAAGGUGCACGGCCUGUACGGCGAGGCGGUGGACUCGCUGCUGCGCACCUCGCUGCCGCAGGACGUACUGGUGCCUGAGCGUGAGAUGGUGGUCCUGGUUUUGGUGCUGCUCAUGCUCGAGUGCCGCAUGCGGCCGGAGGAGUUCGAUGCCGCCUUCGCGCGCGACCUGCAGCGCUGCCUGGCUGUGUCACCGGUGGAGGAGGUGGCUGCGCGGCUGCGCUGCGGCCUGGUGCCCGACUCGCCGCUGCGCAUGGACCCGCACAAGAGCCGCGCGCUGUCGCAGCUGCUGAAGCUCGGCACCCUGGGCGGCCCGUUCUAAGUCGUCCUGGUGAUGCUUACUGCGUGCAUCAAGGGUAGGAUAUUCUGGGCUAUGCGCGAAGGUGGAUGACCAAGCCGCGCCUACAAGGCUGCAAGAAUGAUUUCGCAAGGCUGGGUACUGGGGGCACGAGGGGCAUCGAAAAUGAUCGCAAGCGGUGCCUCAAUUUGUAGCGAGCGCGGUGCGUGCAUGGACCUCACCAUCAGCCCUAUCGUUGGCUGGUGCGUAACGUGAAUUACUCAUGUGAGUCAUGAUGACUCCAGGUGUACGAGGGAGUUUUGACGAGGGGCUCUGGUACCACGAAGAGGUGACAACUCCUGAGGGUGCAGUUUUGGGUUCCGAGGUUGUCUUCGUGAGUGGGGGCCGUCGACGCACUGCUUUUGGGGUCUGCUUGGCGCCUUAGCUGGGGACUAUUGAUUGCGCUCGUCUCGAGCAGGCUAAGGAAUACGUCACCGGACAACCGCCUGAAAGGCUGAAGCAUCUGCGCCUUUUAGGGUAUUGCGGGUUCAUAGCAUUCUUUGUUGAGCAUAGCUGUCGUGAGGGGGGGAGGGGUGGUCGCGAGUUUCCUAAGGCUUGCCUGGAUAACAAUUUACGGGGAAGGGAACGCGAGCACGACUGGGUGUGGAAGCGAUGGUCCGCGCACGGUGGUAGUGUAGAAUGCCUUGCGGGCGUACCUUGCUCAUUCAGGAAAUAAGCACACGUGCGCCGCGCGCACUCGGGGUAUGUCCACACGCUAUGGGUCACGCUGGGUUCGGUUGGAAGUUUGUGGUUUAUGCUUUUUGGUUUACUCGACACCAAACAACACGUGUUGUAGCCUCCUGUCUGUGGUGCUCGUCUGAUUAAAGCUAGGUGGGCCUCCGCCGCGCGGCGAGGCCGGCAGGGCAAAUUACUACACGCUCGGUCCAUGGUCACAUGCCAGCACUAUGGAUUCUGUCGUUUGAUUGGGUUUUGCACCCGUGCAACCAAGGAGUAUCUUAUCCAACACGGAUUAAUGCGAAUCAACCGAGCACAGGCGAAGGACCACGAGAGUGUGAACUGCGGCCUGGCGGAUGGACGGAGGGCAAGCAUGGCAUUGGGGCAUAGACCGGGGUGCACACUGGGGAAUGUAUGGUUGCUACUAGUAUCUGAUCGGCCGUAUGUGCGAUACGCGCCUGAAGGCCGUAAAGUAAAUGAUCGAAGGUCUGAGGGGUAAGGGUGGGCAUUAAUGCUGGUGUGGGUCCGUUGUUGCCGCGCGGCCUGGACAUGCAGGAGCGUGGCUGCACGCAACCUGUUGCAGCGCCGGCGCGCUGUGUGGUGGCGCCCGGCAAAUAUGGAAACGGUACUGCAAGCAUUACUACCUGCAUCGACGUCUGAAUUCUUGGCGAUAGUUGGUAAGGAGUGAUGCGGGGGUUACGGUGGUGGUAUGUGGGCGCUCUUCUGUGUUGUUCUAUUGCCUCUACAUCGAAUCUCGUAUCCGAUAUAGGCAUCAAGUGAUGCAAAUCGGCUCUGUGAACUGCUAUUGUGCAUGAGAAGCGCGCACGUGCUUCUAGCACGUGUCCGCAACCUGCAUUGUGGCGAGAGAAAGAUGGCUGCGAGUUGGCUGGAUGAGGAAACAAGAUUACGGACAUGCAACCCAGGCUUGUCUUGCAUGCGUGGCACCCGCGCCUGCCAUACUACGUUCGUGCUCUGUAACACUGGCUGAUGAUGUCUUACAGGAUUAGAAGUGUGCGUUACUUUCUCCACGUAACGAGACUCGUCUGAACCAGCCAGCAAAGCACAAGAAGACGCACCAGGUGUAACAGCCCAUCCAACCCCCCGAGAGGCACUACUGCCGCCCAGGGGCCUCCCCUUGCGCUGCCGAUCCCCGUCUACCAAUUCCACCUUUGAUGCUGUUAUAUGCAUAGCAGAUUGGCAGGUCAAAACCGCCAGUUUGCGGGCAAGUGGGCGGCAGUGGCAAGGGCAAGGCGUGCCCGCGAGCAUGUGUGGGGGUGUGAUGGGACAGGGUUCAGGCAGGUCGCUCCUAAUGUACGCUGACGAUGUUUCGCUGCUAGCCACCACCCCUGAGCGUAUGCGGCACCUGUUGUCACUUGUGGAUACUUUCUGCGAAGCAUUUGGUAUGAAAGCAAACGUCGCAAAGUGUGAACGUCUGGUGUUCACUUCAGACGACCAGGAGCGUCGUAGAUUGAACGAUGAGUGCAGUGGGCUGCGGUUGGCAGGGCAGCCCAUCCCUGCGGUGGACAAGGCACGGUAUCUGGGACUAGUCUACGGCCCUGGACGUGCUUUUGCCGCCUGCAGAGAGACGCUAUGUGAGGCUGCGCGGCGUGCUAUGUACUAAUACUGCUACUUACUAAUAGAUUAAACCGUUUGAGGAUUUUCUCCCCCGACAUACGCAUGCGUUGUUUUGAGGUGCAAGUUCGCUCCAUCCUAGCAUAUGGUUGUGAAGUGUGGGGACCCGACGUAUUAGCGGAAAUGCUGGACGGCGGCCCACCACCGCGGCGGCGUGACAGCAAUAACCCGGCGCACGGACCGUUUGAAGCAUGCCUGAAAGACGAGGCCGUCAAAUUACAAGUGCAGUACAUGAGGAUGACAGUGGGUACGAAGCGACCAUCGCAUCGCCUGCUGUUUGCUGAAUUAGCACAACUACCACUCCAU